AUGAAACAUCUUCUCAUUCUCAUUACCUUUGUAGGGAACACACUGGCCUGCUAUUCCAAGUAUGCUCAAGAGGAAAAGAAAAUGCGUGAGCCAAUGCAGCCGGAGCAAAGGCAACCACAGCCAGGGCUACCAGGGCCACCAGGAGAAGAUGGGCCACCAGGGCCAACUGGACCACCAGGACUAGUUGGAAGACCAGGGCCAAGAGGGCCAAUAGGACCACGAGGGCAACCAGGUCCAGCGGGGCCUCAAGGGCCACCAGGGCCGCAAGGGCCACAAGGAGAUACAUUGGCAAGGCGAUUCCGAAGAGUAGCGAAGGUAACUAAUAUGAGGCGCAAAUUAGAGGUUCAGAUAAAGGAAGCCCAUUUACUGAUGCAAGCAAUUUAG